AGAUUUUAUUUUUUAUUUGAAAUGACAAAGAAGACAAAGAAGGUAGGAAUCACAGGAAAAUAUGGCACAAGAUAUGGUGCAUCAUUAAGAAAGAUUAUUAAGAAAUUUGAAAUUUCAUAGCAUUAAAGAUAUUUUAAUACCUUUACUGGAGCACAUUCAUUGAAGAGAUAAGCAAUUGGUAUUUGGAGAUGCACCUAAACUGGAUUACAAAUAGCUGGUGGAGCUUGGGAAGUGAAUACUCCUGCUGGAUUGUCUGCUAAAUAAGGUAUGUUGAGAAUUAAGAAAUUAAAGGAUGAUGCAGAAGUAGAAGUUAAAGAAGAAAAGAAGGAUAAAAAAUAAUAAUAACCAAAAGAGGAUAAACCAAAAGAGCAAGUUAAAGAAACAAAGAAAUAAUAACCAAAAAAGGGUUAAGGAAAGAAAUAAUGAUUCACGUAUAUUAAUUACAUAA